CUGUGUGUGUUUUAUAAAUGUUAUGAUUUCCAAGGAGGCAGUGGGGGUUUAUAGUCAGUCUGCUUGGAGUAGGGCUGUUGGAUGAUUUGGUACAAGUAGCUGUCUGCCAUUCCUCAGUCAUAUAUCUUUACCUAGAAAGAGAAUUCAGAGAGUGCUUUGAUAAUGCUGAUGGAUACGUGGCAGAUGUGCCUGCUCUCUGGUCUGUAUCUCUGGUUGUACGUAUUCAUAUCUUUCUUUAAAGGUUGUAGCACUUGUGAGUCCGAAGAACGCUUGUUUCAUAAGCUGUUUUCUCAUUAUAACCAGUUUAUCAGACCCGUAGAAAAUGUGUCUGAUCCUGUCACAGUGUAUUUUGAAGUGGAAAUCACCCAGCUGGCUAAUGUGGAUGAAGUUAAUCAGAUCAUGGAAACCAAUCUGUGGCUGCGCCAUAUCUGGAAUGAUUACAAAUUACGUUGGGAUCCAGCAGAAUAUGAUGGAAUUGAAUUGCUUCGCGUCCCUGCUGACAAAAUUUGGAAGCCUGAUAUUGUUCUCUAUAACAAUGCUGUUGGAGAUUUUCAAGUUGAAGGCAAGACAAAAGCCCUUCUUAAAUAUGAUGGCAUGAUAAGCUGGACCCCACCAGCUAUUUUCAAGAGUUCUUGUCCUAUGGAUAUCACCUUUUUCCCUUUUGAUCAUCAGAACUGUUCCUUGAAAUUUGGCUCCUGGACAUAUGACAAAGCAAAAAUUGAUCUUUUAAUCAUUGGCUCGAAAGUGGAUAUGAAUGAUUUUUGGGAAAAUAGUGAAUGGGAGAUAGUUGAUGCUUCUGGCUAUAAGCAUGACAUAAAAUACAACUGUUGUGAAGAGAUCUAUACAGAUAUUACCUAUUCCUUUUACAUUAGGAGACUACCAAUGUUUUAUACAAUUAACUUGAUAAUCCCUUGUCUCUUCAUUUCAUUUCUGACAGUUUUAGUAUUUUACCUGCCCUCUGACUGUGGAGAAAAGGUGACACUUUGUAUCUCAGUUCUGCUCUCUCUGACUGUGUUUCUGCUUGUAAUCACAGAAACUAUUCCUUCUACUUCCCUUGUAAUUCCUCUGGUUGGUGAAUACUUGUUAUUCACAAUGAUUUUUGUGACACUGUCCAUUGUAGUGACAGUGUUUGUAUUAAACAUUCAUUAUCGGACUCCUACAACACACACAAUGCCGAAGUGGGUCAAAACGGUUUUCCUCCAGAUGUUACCCAAAAUCCUAAUGAUGAGGAGGCCUCUGGAAAAGCAAAGAGAGAAACAUUCUGAUAAAAAUUCAAAAGGGCUUUCCAAGAUCACAUUUCCUGAAUGUGAAGAUCCUAAAUUAUUUGAGGAACAGGAAUGUUGCCACUGUAACAAGUCCAAUGAGCCAGCUACUAACAAGAAGAGAUUAAGUUAUCAGUCUUUAAAAUGGAUGACAGAACAUUUGGAGUAUUCAUCUGAAGUCAGAGAUGUAAUUGAUAGUGUCCAAUUCAUAGCAGAAAACAUGAGGAACCAAAAUGAAACAAAAGAGGUGGAAGAUGACUGGAAAUAUGUGGCCAUGGUAGUAGACCGAGUAUUUCUUUGGGUGUUUAUAAUUGUCUGUGUAUUUGGAACAGCAGGAUUAUUUCUACAACCACUUACUGGGAACACUGUGAAGUCUUAGCUCUAUCUGAUCUCCUUUUUUUCCCUCCCCUUUGAAAUGUCAGUAUUAACUUCACACAAGGAAAAGGAGAUGAAACAAUCCCCCAAACCCCAGAACACAUAUAUCCUCUUUCCCUCCACAUCCUUCCUGCCCUGGCUCCAUUAAUUAGGGAAAUCUAUUAGCUUGAGAGAGGUGACUCUCCUAGUUGGAAGGUCCUUUUAUGCCACAGUCCUUUGUGGCAGUGGGACCAAAAGACAGAACUCUGACCUGCUGUGGUCUGGGCUGUACUGAAUUUGUGCUGCUUCUCAUUGUUCUGUUUCAGGGACUAGAUUUGAUCCAUACUAUAUCUGAACCACAUCACAUCAAGCAGUGUUCUUUUGGGGUUCUAGCAUAGCUAUUGCUGCCUGUCAAUGUUGUAACACUUUCUGGUGCUGAAAUCACCCAUUUACCCUUCCUGAAGAUUAUAAGACUUGUGAAAUAUUGUCAACUAUGUUGCUCUAUGCACAUUCCUACAAUGUGAUUCAAAUAACUUAGUAGUACACAGUAAACUAACAGGCAAAACCUAGGGAUGGGUAGAUUUCUUCUUUGGAUUUAUUAUCCAUUCAUUCAACACCUUUCAUUCACUCACUGAAUACCUGGUAUAGAUGAAACACAAUGUUGGGCCCAAAGAGGGACAGCAAGAGGGAUAAUCAACCUACUAUAUGCCAAGUACUUUGCUAGGUGCUGAGGAUACAAAGAC